ACUUGGGAUCGUCUUGUUGAUAGAAACUGGGGUAAAUGUCGGAGUGUUUGUGUGGAGUCACGGUCCUGACAGACUCAGUGGGAUUAUAUAACCACAGGCAGGCCGUUUAACUGCUCCCGACGGCUCCCAGCGGCUCUCUACAUUCAACCUGUCCGAGCUUUCAGGGACACAAAUGGGUGAAAAGGCGGAGAAGAGCCCCGGUGGAGUCCGAUAUUACAGACUGUCAGAGAUCGAGGAGCAGAACACGUUCAAAUCAACGUGGAUCAUCAUCCACCACAAAGUGUACGAUGUCACCAAGUUUCUGGAAGAGCACCCCGGAGGAGAGGAGGUUCUGAGGGAGCAGGCGGGAGGGAACGCCACCGAGAGCUUUGAGGACGUCGGACACUCCAGCGACGCCAGAGAGAUGGCCAGCAGCAUGGUGAUAGGAGAGCUGCACCCGGACGACAGAGAUAAGCUCGCCAAGCCUGUAGAAACACUGGUGACCACUUUGAAGGAUGAGACCAGCUGGUGGUCUAACUGGCUGAUUCCCGCUCUGGCGGCGGCCAUCGUCACGCUGAUGUACCGCAUCUACACCUCAGAGAGCGAGUGACAUCAUCAGGCAUGCAGCUGUGAUGUCAUCAACGGGCACGACAGUCAUAUUCCCAAACUUGUGAUUGACAGCUGCGGCAGCCAGUAGCAGCGCGCGGAUGCUGUGGCUCCUCCCACCCAGCGUAGAGCGGCGUCUCUAGAGCAGACGAGCGGCCGCCGCUGACCAACGACCGUCUGACACUCAGAGGGAAACGUCUGCUCUGGAAUCACUAACACGCUGCGUCUCUCUGCCACAGUCCGACAAUACCCAUGAUUCAUUUCAUGCAGCUUAACCAACCAAUCAUAUGGCAUUAUGUUAAUGAAGUCAUUUAUGUUAUUGAAUGUACCCUGACAUUUCGAAAUAUGGGUGUUUUUAAAAAUCUUUAUGAUUUGAAAUCCUGUGGAAAUGCAGACGAUGUAUGAUUAGAUGGAUCUUUUUAUAUCUUUGUCACUGAAUGUAAAUGAGUUUAUAAAUAUGCAAUCAGAAGCUU